GGUUGUUAACGCGUUUGUAUCGCUGAGCUCCUUGUUUUUACAUUCGGUGUAGCUACUUAUACAAUUUUUUUUUAGCCCGACACUAGACUACGAUAAACAGAUUUAAAUAUGCAUCCGAGAAGUAGUAUUUGUAUCCUGGUUAUCCUGAUGGCUGUACUUAUCUGCGAUCUUACCACAGCCUUGCCCAGUGUCAGGGUAAAGAGGCAAGAUGCUGCAGCUGCCACCACAACUCUAGAGGAACCCAAAUCGAAUGACUUGAACCCUAUUGACUCACAGGAUGGUAACCUAAGUGAUGUUGAUAGGAAUAAGAGAAAGGUACCAGAUGCAGCUUUUGAAGCUAAGAAUGCUGUUCUAGGAUUUGUCUUUGGCAAAAUCGAUAGUCUUUUGGAUACCAAGACACGAUUAAUCGACCAACUCGAUAGGACCAAUGUAGAAAAGAACAGGGAAUACAACAUUCAAGCCCCAGUACCAAUUCGUGAUUUCCAAACACUCGUCUCAGCUGUUGUCUCGCCAAAGAUUCGAGCUGUUGGUAAUCUAGCUAACGAUCUGACAACCGGAGUUUUGACAACAUUCACAGCCUUAAGUGGGGGAUCAUCUGGCAAUGGAAAUGCCCAAGCUGGUCUUGGCAAUAUCGUAACGAAAUUCUUGAGUUUCUCUGGGCCAAUUUUACAAGGAUCAUCAGGAUCAACGACGGAAUCUGUGCCCGAUUCCGAAGAAGAUAACUAUAAAAACAAACACAAGAAAACCGAAUCAAUGAGGAAUGGAAGGGCUAUAGAAGUAAAUAAGAAAGAUGAAGACAUACCCGAAUUUAACAGAGAGAAUGUAUCAUUGGACAUCCCAGAUAGACUUUUUUCACAGUCAUUUUCAACAUUGACGAAUGUGUCGAAAGUUGCAUCAAACUUCAUUAUGAACACUGCCAGACGAUAUGCAAGAUUUGUUUUGUUUUUCAAACCGCUGUUUGGGGAUGCACUGAAAGUCGAAGGAUAUAAUCCACCAACUUCAACAACAGAAUCACCUUAA